AUGGGAGAGUCUCGGCUGGUGGUGGAUGAACUUCUGGCUCUCUGCCUUCAGCGGAUCGCCGUGGAGGAGAACACUAUGAGCACCGAGCUGGAGUUCAUCGAGGUGGUGAAGAAGUUCGAGAGCUUCAGGAAGAAAUGGCUGCAUGCCGAGCUGGAGCAGAAGAAGUACAAGGAGCUGCUGGUGAAGUCCGACGUGGCCAAAGCUGCUCUGGAGGUGAAACUGAAACACGCUCGCAACCAGCUGGACCUGGAGAUGAAGAAACGCUACCGAGUGGAGGCCGACUAUCACUACCUGCAAAGGCAGAUGCAGCUCAUGUGUGACAUCCUGGUUCACGACAGCAAGUCCAGCGCCUGUCUGAACGACGAGCAGAAAUCUCUCCUAGCCACGUUUGAACAGAAAGGAGCGAAUACGACGCUUCUGCACCGGAGCAACAAACGGUUGACCGUCAUCGACGAGUCGUCCUUCCUGUCUCACUCUGACAUCAGCUACGAUCGCACCGAUGACGACGUGGACGUGGACACAUCUGUGAUUAAACCGCUGAAGUCUCGAGCCAGAGAGAGACGGAGAUCAUCGAUGGGUCUGACUGUCGCUGCUGCGGUUGGGAGGCGAGGAAGAGGAGGGAACAUGUUCACAGAACCGCUGGAGAGGAGAACGCUGGAGAAGGAGGUGGAAACCAUUGUGGAGGCGUCGGUGUCAACUCCGGACUCUCGAGGGAAGAUCCACAUGGUUCUGGGAAUCACACAGGAAAGCCCCGAUACCGCUGUCUGCAUCACUCAGGAGUAUGCUGUUUCAGACUGUGAUGAAGGAGGAGGAGGAGGAUGUGGAGACGACACAUCGGUGUGGUGUCCGUGUGAUGAACCUGAACCUGAACCUGAACCUGAACCUGAACCUGCAGUGAGGCUGGAGGAGAGCGUCGUCAUCAGAGCCGACAAAACACCCAAACACGUGUUUGUGUCUAAAACGGUGAUCUGGACCGAGACCUGCUCGCCCUGCGGCAAGAGGAUCCGCUUUGGGAAGAUCGCCAUGAAGUGCAGGAAGUGCCGAGUGAUCGCUCAUCCAGAGUGUAAACAGAAGUACCCUCGCUCAGCUGCAGGAGACCUAACACUACAACCAAUCACACGUCUUCCUUCUGUCAACUUCACUGCGUCUUCUCCUCCUCAGAACUCGCUGGAAAGUUUUGCUCCGUUGAAGCAUCCCAGAGUUCCUCAGCUGCUCAUCGAGUGUGUGACUGAGAUCGAGAGGAGAGGACUGCAGGAGCGGGGUUUGUACAGAGUUCCUGGAGGUGAGCGGCUCGUGAAGGAUCUCAAGGAUCGCUUCCUUCAGGGGAAAACUCCGCUCAUGCUCAGUCGAGUUCAGGACGUCCACGUGCUCUGCGGACUCCUCAAGGACUUCCUGAGGACGCUGAAGGAGCCGCUGGUCACCUUCAAACUGCACCGCACCUUCAUGGAGGCAGCAGAGAUGUCCGAUGCAGACAGCAGCACUGCCGCCAUGUUUCAGGCUGUAGCAGAGCUGCCGAAACCCAACAAAGACACGCUGGCUUUCCUCAUGCUGCACUUUCACAAGGUCAUGAGGAGUCCUCGGUGUCAGAUGGACCAGAACAAUCUGUCCCGGGUGUUUGGACCGACUCUGGUGGGACACGGGACGUCUGCUCCGCCUCCAGCAACCAUCCUGAGAGACACGCUCACCCAGGCGAAGGUUGUUUGCCGUUUGUUGUCCUUCCCUGAAGAGUCGUGGAGACGGAUCCUCGAACUCCGCACCAACCAGAUCCCAUCUUCAUCUUCAUCAGUCCGUCUCUUCCAGCCGCUGACGUCUCCGGAGUUGAACAGCUACUACGCGGCUGCCGGCAGACGAUCAGUGAGAGGACGCAUCAGGAACCAGGGCGCCGCUUCAGGAGGCAACACAGGUCGAGCAGAGCCGGGAAGAAGAUUCUUCACUUCACCAAACUAA